AUGUCGCUGCCGUCCUGCGCUGGGGUCUCCGCCACCUCUCCGACCACACCCACCUUUGCUAACCUAGCAGACGACAUUAUGUCCUCCGCGUCUUCCGCCGUCGGUUCUAUCGACGACUUCAUGGCCCAGCACCAGCAGAAACAGCGAGAAGAGUCUUCAGCGACUCAGUCUAUGGACGGGAACACCCUCGACCCGUCUAACCCUCUCAACUUCCUCCUCCGAUCCGUCGGCACAUUUUCUAACACCGAUUCAUCGACUUCAUCGGUUGGUGGAGAAGACUCAUCAUCAUCGUUUGGCGGUGCGAGCCCCGCACCCCACUGGUCACAGUUCACGAACCUAUGGCCACAAGAUCCCUCAGCUCCCUCUGCCGGCGUCUCAGACUUGAAGUUCGACCCUUCAUCUAUGGACUUUGACUUUUCUCUGCCUAUGGAACUUGACUUCAACCCCGCCAUGGCCAUUGAGCCUUCUGCGCUUCACUUCGACACCACAAAUAUAUUACCGUCGAGUGACUCUACCACGAAUAUCUUCUCUCCACAUCAUAUUCCACGGCACUCGCAGUCUUCGGGUGACGACCUGAGCAGCAUGCCCUUCUCCGAAGACAUGAUGUUCACGCAGUUUAUGGACGGAAUGCUUCACCCGUCAUCUGCUAAUACACAUCCACUCGGAGAGAGGCGCAUGAGCAUCACUUCCUCCUCAUCGAGCUCCGGCGCUUCGCUCUCUCCCACAUUGGACCACAGCGCUGCCGUCCAGCCGAGCUCCAAUACCAAUAACUCAAUGGCGGACUCUCCACCGCAAAACGACCCCCUCAGUGAAGUGUUCGAUGCGAUGAUGAAUUCGGCAGUGGGCGAGGAACAGUUGGAGCAGAAGGUCGAUGGGACACUCGACCCUGCGGACGAGUUGGCGCAGAGAGUUAGGCAGACCGCUGGUGUUACGCUUGCUGUCCCUGUCGCAGGACAGGGCCAAUCCGUCCAGUCGUUCGGAGGUAUGCUCGACUUCCCCCAAACUCCCCAUCCCUCGAAACCCCUCAAACACAACCCUUCAAACAAUCUACCCCAACCUCCCACCUCCACCUCCAACACAUCCUCCAUCAGCGGCUCCUCGUCCCCACCCACCUCAGCCAACACCUUUCCUUCUGCGGCCUCCUCACCAAACUCCACGUCAAACCUCGUCUCUCUUCCCCCUUCUGAUCCCUCUUCCGCUAACGCCACUCUCGCUCCCGCGUCUACUUUGUCCGGUACAAGCGCUACUGCCAGUGCGGCUGCACCGGGCACGACGACGGUCAUAGGUGGCCGUCCGAAAACGAGCCAUACAACCAUCGAACGUCGAUAUCGCACUAAUCUUAAUACACGGAUUAUAUCGCUGAAGAACGCCGUGCCCGCGCUGAGAGUUCUGGAUCAGAAGAAGAAUAAGGACAAGUCCUCGGAUCUUAUUGAGGAUGGGCUGGAGGGUGGCGAGGAGGUGAAGGAGAAGGAUGUGGUGGAUGAGAGGGGCAUCGUGGAUGGUGUGAAGGUCGCGAGGAAGAUCAGUAAGGCGAAUGUCCUGGGGAAGGCGACGGAGUAUAUUCGUGUCUUGAAACGUCGCGAGCAACGUCUCAAGCAUGAACAACAAGGUCUCCACUCGCUCAUCUCCGGACUCGUCGGAGGUCCCGCUCUCCUGAAGGAAUGGGAGCGCGAAUGGACCGCCAAGUUCGCCGGACCGGAGCGCGACGAGCUCGAAUACGAGAACGCGAACGGACGUGGAGGUAUGAGCGACGAUGACGAUGCUGGGGACAGCGAUGAUGGGGAUGAAGAAGAGACAACGAGGGCGAGGAAGAAGCCGAAAGUCGUGAAGGAGAAGAAAGAGACUGUAAAGAAGGAGAAAGUCGGGAAGGAUAAGGUACCGACGACGUCGGCGGCGACAGGAACGGGACAGCCGGAGAAGAGGAAGAGGGGGAGGCCGAAGAAGAAUGUGGCGCCGGCAGUGGUGCAGAGCGAGUCGUUCGUGGCUCAGCAGCAACAGCAGAUCAUGUUUGAAAGUGGGACGGGGAACGUCGUCGUACCGCCUCAGGCCCAAGCACCGCAACAACCUCAACAACCACAAUACCUCCUCGCCGUCUUUGCGUUCUUCUCGUUCUUCAGCUCUCCCCUCACUUCGUCGACCUCAUUCGCCUCGACACAUCACACGCAUUCUGGCGUAGUUCUCAACUCGCCGUUCCCUGCGUCAGCCGUACACAUCCCUUCUCCGUCCUCGCCGACAGGGUCAGGCCUUGGAUUCGGAUGGCAAGAAUUCGUCCAGGUCUUCCAUCUCCUUGUCUCCGCCCUCUUCUUUUUCUCUAUCGUCUUGCCCUGGCUGCCCAGCUCAAUCCGGCGCUUCACCAAAUUCUUACCAUUCGGACCCGUUAUCCAUCAAGGCAAUGCGGACGCCACACUUCCCACGCCACCUCCCUCUCCCACCUCCUCCACCUCCUCCGUAUCGGAGUCAGAGUCAACGUCCAAAGCAGUGAAACGUCCCCGCUCCCUCUCCUUCCCUGGUACCGACACUUUCAACCGCAUCGCGUUCAUCGAUGCUCUCUCGCUCUCUUCUCGCGCUUCUCCUACAGCAGCUGACGAAGCUGCCCGUCUGCGCGAGGCUCUUGGUAUCAAGGAAGGCGUUCUAGGCUUUGUGGGCGCGUUGGGCGGGGGUGCGAUAGGAAAGAUUGUUCGUGCGGUGAGUGGUGGGGGUUUGAGUGGUAAGACGGGUAAGGGGAGGGGCAUCGAGAGGAUGCAGUUGGAGCAGAGGGCGUGGGUUCGGUUGGGCGAGUCGGUCGCGCUGGAACCCAAUACGCCAUUCGCCACCUGUCUCCUCACCUACUACGGCAUGACGACUCACACCUCCGCCUUCGCCGCUUCGACAAACGAUCUCAUCACACUCGCCCUCAUCGCCUACCCGCUCUCCAAAUCUCGAGCUCACAGCCUGUGGAACAAAGCUUCUUCCCGUGCGAAAGCGAAGACUAUCGUUGCUACUGCUGCUACUAGCAUAAGAGCUUAUGAGAGGUUAGUCGUGGGGAGCAUGGGGGUCGAGGAGGCGAGGGAGAGGAUCGCCGGGCUGAGGGUCGGACCUGCGACCUCGAACUCGAGUGUGUCGAAGGAUAUGGAUAAGGACAGGAUGAAGCUGGACAACGAGUUCGACGCUGUUCUCGGUGCGGACCGUGAGGCAAAGACGAGAAGGUCGCGGGUAAUGGUAACAGCAAUGGAGCCAGCUGGCUACGGCCACGGCUGA